UUAAAGUCAGACUCCAGUGCAGCUGGGCCAGAACCGUGAGCUUCAGCAACGUCCGAGUCGCCUUCUCGGAGUGCACCUGCACAGCUCAGUGCCGCAGGGUCUGACCUAUCUUUCUCCACCCGCAUCCUUAGCACAGUCCUUGUGUUUAUACUUGGAAAGGUUUUUGAAACAUGAAUCCUUCACUCUUCUUGGCUGCCUUUUUCUUGGGAAUAGCCUCUGCUAUCCCUAAAUUUGACAAGAAUUUAGAUGCACAGUGGUACCAGUGGAAGGCUAAGUACAGGAGACUAUAUGGCGUGGAUGAAGAAGGAUGGAGGAGGGCAGUGUGGGAGAAGAAUAUGAAAAUGAUUGAAUUACACAAUGGGGAAUACAGUCAAGGGAAAUACGGCUUCACCAUGGCAAUGAAUGCCUUUGGUGACAUGACUAAUGAAGAAUUCAGACAAGUGAUGAAUGGCUUUCAAAACAGGAAGCACAAGAAGGGGAAAAUGUUCCGAGAACCUCUGUUUUUUAAGCCUCCCAAAUCUGUGGAUUGGAGAAAAAAAGGCUAUGUGACACCUGUGAAGAAUCAGGGUCAGUGUGGUUCUUGUUGGGCUUUUAGUUCAACUGGUGCUCUUGAAGGACAGAUGUUCCGGAAAACUGGUAAACUUAUCUCACUGAGUGAGCAGAACCUGGUGGACUGCUCUCAGCGUCAAGGCAAUCAUGGCUGCAGUGGUGGCCUGAUGAACUUUGCCUUUAACUAUGUUAAGGAGAAUGGAGGCCUGGACUCUGAAGUAUCUUAUCCAUAUGUGGCAAGGGAUGAAAAAUGUAAAUACAAGCCUGAGUAUUCUGUUGCUAAUGACACUGGUUUUGUGAACAUCCCUACUCAAGAGAAGGCUCUGAUGAAGGCGGUGGCUAUUAUAGGGCCCAUCUCUAUUGCCAUAGAUGCAAGCCAUAUAUCCAUCCAGUUCUAUAAAUCAGGUAUUUAUUAUGAACCAAACUGUAGCAGCAAAAACCUGGAUCAUGGUGUCCUGUUGAUUGGCUAUGGCUUUGAAGGAACAGAUUCAGAUGACAAUAAAUUUUGGUUCAUCAAGAACAGUUGGGGUAUAGAGUGGGGCUUGGAUGGCUGCAUAAAAAUAGCCAAAGACAAAAACAACCACUGUGGAAUUGCCUCAGCAGCCAGCUAUCCCACUGUGUGAGUUGCAGCCAGCAUCUGAUGGCCGGUGAGGAAGAAGGACUUAAGGAUACCAUGUCUGGGGAAUUUUACCUUAGAACUGGCUGAACCCUUAUUGUAUAAUAUAAAACACUUGAAUCAUUGAA